AUGUCGUAUCAAUCUAGUGUAGCGCAGGAUUCUCUUUCUGCAGCACAACUAGAAAUGGCCGGUAACCCCAAUGCUUUGGCUCUGCGUCGGCCAUUCGACCCUGUGGCACACGAUUUGGAAGCUAGUUUUCGUCUAACAAGAUUUGCCGAUUUAAAAGGAAGAAGCUGUAAAGUACCUCAAGAUGUUUUAUCUAAACUCGUUGAAUCAUUACAACAAGAUUACUCCCAACAAGACCAGGAUCAAUUUAUGCAUGUUGCGAUCCCGCGUAUUGGCAUCGGCUUGGACUGUUCAGUUACACCGCUAAGACACGGUGGACUGUGCUUGGUGCAAACUACUGACUUCUUUUAUCCUUUAGUGGACGAUCCAUAUAUGAUGGGAAAAAUUGCGUGUGCAAACGUUCUUAGCGAUUUAUAUGCUAUGGGCGUGACUGAAUGUGAUAAUAUGCUGAUGCUUCUAGGAGUAUCAACUAAGAUGACCGAGAAGGAACGUGAUGUUGUUAUACCUCUUAUUAUGCGUGGGUUCAAGGAUUCAGCGCUAGAGGCUGGUACGUCUGUGACCGGAGGGCAGACUGUCAUUAACCCUUGGUGCACUAUUGGGGGAGUAGCCACUACUAUCUGUCAGCCUAAUGAAUAUAUUGUGCCCGACAAUGCUGUUAUGGGUGAUGUCUUAGUUCUCACAAAGCCCCUUGGUACCCAGGUUGCUGUGAAUGCUCAUCAAUGGCUCGAUCAGCCCGAACGUUGGAAUAGAAUAAAAUUAGUUGUCUCAGAAGAAGAUGUAAGAAAGGCUUAUCAUCGUGCUAUGGACUCUAUGAGCCGGCUAAACCGUAUCGCAGCUAGACUUAUGCACAAAUAUAAUGCCCAUGGUUCAACUGAUGUCACUGGAUUUGGUCUCCUCGGCCACGCUCAGAACCUUGCCUCUCAUCAGAAAAAUGAAGUUUCAUUUGUUAUUCACAACUUACCAGUGAUAGCCAAAAUGGCAGCUGUUGCUAAGGCUUGCGGGAACAUGUUCCAACUCUUACAGGGUCAUGCACCUGAGACAUCGGGAGGACUUCUAAUCUGUUUGCCUCGCGAGCAAGCCGCAGCAUACUGUAAGGACAUUGAGAAGCAAGAGGGAUACCAGGCAUGGAUUAUCGGCAUUGUUGAAAAGGGAAAUCGUACAGCAAGGAUUAUUGACAAACCUCGAGUUAUUGAAGUGCCAGCUAAAGAUUAA